GUAGAUGGCAGUAGCUGAUCGUGGUUCGGUGAACUCGAAGCUGAAGAAUAGACGGGGAGACCUAGCAGAAGAAGAAAGUGGAGGACGUCUGUCAUGGCGGCCAAGGUGGCUAUGGUGGCUGUCCCGGCGGUGCUGGGCAUAGCCUCCAUCAGAGUCUACACCAUCAGUGAAGUGCCCACUGAAGGCCUUAUUACUCGAGAGAAGCUGAACAUCUACACCCCAGUGACAAAGUCUGCUCAGGUCCAGCGUGUUGCUGAUCAGCCAGGGCUGAUCGAAAGUGGCCUAACUACAGCAAGAGAAAGUCUACUACCCUUUGUCCAUGUGGUGAAGGGAGCCUGCGUCUCUGUGAAAAGAGGAAGUGUAAAUCUGUACCAUGCUGGAGAGGAUGUAUACUAUUACUUGAAAGAUCCUCCUCCAGGUUUCCUACCUAGGUUUGGCACUAUCACCAUGGCUGGUCUACUUGGCAUGUUCUUGGCACAAAAAGGCUCUCGUUUAAAGAGGGUUGCAGUUCCAUUGGGUCUUAUGAGUGCUGGGGCAUCAGUGUGCUACCCAGCCCAGGCAGUGGCUGUCUUUAAGGUGACAAGCAAGAAGAUGUAUGCUGCAGGCCAGUGGAGCCAUGCUGCCGUGGCUUCACUGUUCACCUCUAAGCCCCCAGAGUCUGAUGCUGCUCCACAGCCACAGGCAACUCAUGUGCCGCCUCCAGAGACUGCAGUGGUUGAUGAGCCUCGUCACGCCUCAGAGCCAGGCUCAGCACAGAGCCUUGCCAUCUCAGACACUGAGGCAAAAUCAGUGGAGUGUGUUCCAGCCGCUGAUAAACUCAUCAUUGCUAUCACAGCACAAGAGCCGUCAGUCGCACUCACAGAAUUCUCAGCCGAGCAGUUCCCCGCAGAGAGAGACUCAGAAUCAGUGGACUCUGUUCAACAUGAGAUGCCUCAAACCUCCAAAGAAGCACCAGAGGGCACCCUUGCUGUAUCUGAUGAUGCUGUCACUUCAUCAGUGGGCAUCUCUCUGGCUUCUGAUGGCACCCACGCUGAUACCCUGCCUGCUAAGCCCACACUAAGUUCAGAACCACAUACCGAAGAGUCUGCUCAAGUUGAAUCGGCUCCAGCUGAGGUUCCCGCUUCCACAGAGGAGCCCCCUACUCCAAAGACCUCAAAUGAACCAGCAGUACCGGUUGUGGAGUCCAAAGAAUCGGUGGCCGCUGGAUUGGGAGAAGAAGGAUCGCAGGCACACAAGCUUGCUGAACAGCCAGGUGCAAACGGCAAAGGGGGCUCUGAGUUUAGCCCAGAUCCUGCCCUCUUGGACUUUGGCCAGUCCAAUCCUGAGGACGAAGACCUAUACAGCACUCACUGAUAAGCCCGGCACAUCUCAUCCAGAUUGACACACACUGUCAUCACACCGCAUAAAAGGUGCAUUUUAAAAAAAAUAUGAAAACAGUCUAAUUCCUGCCACAACGUUUGACUCCCUGUACUAUGUUGAGAAAAAACAAAAAAUAAAAGUGUUUUGAAAGAGUUUUGUGGAAGAACAUGUGUCCUACAGAUCGCUGGCUUUGUAUUCCUUCCACUCUUUGAUAUUUAGCAAAUAUUUUCAGAUUUUGUAUUUUUUUUUUGCAGUCCCCAUUGUCCUGAAUGCACCGUAUUGACUAGGUGGAAACAGUGUAUGUCAUCUGUAAUGAUUAUGUAAAAAAAUGCAUGUAAAGUUGUGCAAUUUUGUUAUCGCCCAGAAUUGUCUUGACGUAUUGAUUGAAGAAGUCAAAUAAAUCUAUAUUUUUCAUGAA